AUGCGUGAUUCUGCACAGAUAUUUCUUAACGGUUGCCGUCACUUUCUUAAUUUUCAAUUCUCCAAGCUCUCCGACGCAAAUAAAGGAGUUCGAAGAACCUUAAGCGAAAAUCGACAUGUGCAGGACUUUGGUAUCUCGGAAGGGCCUCCAAAAACGUCAGAACCGAUACCAGGACAGGAGCCAGUUCAAACGGGCCAAGGGCUAUUUGCACGUGUCGACUGCUACGAAGCACAUAUUCGGGAAUGUGGGAAGAACCACCCACGAGGAAUGUAG